AUGCCUCUUAUGUACUUUUCCACCUCCUCUUUCUCCAAAGUGGUAUCCAGCCAACCGACAGCGCAUCCACCGAUGGCGGUUCGUCUGGGUUCCGGACCGACGGCUACUCACUGUGGCCACUGUAGUCAACAAGUAGUCACCAAGGUCACGUACACCAAAGGCGCCUUCACUUGGAUUAUGUGCAUCAUAAUUUUCGUUCUUGGAGGAGUUCUUGGAUGUUUUCUGAUCCCCUGUUUCAUUGGAAGUUGCCAAGAUGUCAACCACAGAUGUCCCCGAUGUGGAACCUCUCUGGGAACGUUUAAGCGCCUGUGAAAAAUCGCCCUACAUCGCACACCAAACCCGGAUAACUUUGACACGUACGUUCGUGCCCGCAAUCACACCACGUGUAACACUCAGAAACAGGAU